UUCCAACGCUUGGGGCCCGAAAGCGUUAGGUUCACCGGUUCACUCAUAAUAUAGUGAGAAACUCUAUAGGUUCACCCAAACAGACGCUAAACAAUGAUUUGGCUUGGGUCCGUAUAUUAUUUUUCAUAUAGGUGGCGCUAAAGCGAUGAACGCGACGACAGCUCUGAAUUGGUGCUUCCAUUCUGCCCGUGCGGACUUCGCCUGUGCCCGUGACUGUGGAAAAGUGAUUGUGGCUGUUUGAUGUCGUUAAAUGUGAGAGCUUGUGGCGAAGUGAUUGAGUGUGGCCGUAGUAGUUCUGCCCAUGUGGUGUUUUGCAGGCUUCACCUGUGCGUGUGACUGAUCGUGUUGCUCAAUAGCUUUGUGGAAAGUGACGUGGUUUGUGUGGAUGUCAUCACAGUGUUUGCCAGCUCCCCAGUUAAUGUGGCGUUGCCCAGUAGCUUUGUGGAAGUUGAUGUACCUUGUGUGGAUUUCGUCGCCGCCUAUGACUGCCUUAAUUAUAGGUUGUCACGCUGCCUUUUGAAGCGCGUACGAUCGCGAGAAACUUGACUGAUUUUUGCGUAAACAAUGUGGACGUCUCGAAAUGUUAGCUAGAAAAUCAACCAGCAGCAAGCUAAGUCUCUGUUUUGUGGUUUUGCGAGCUUAUGCUCGUGCGAGCAGCAGAAUGACGAAAGGUCCGUUACUUAAUAUCAGUUCCAUAAAAUUAGCUUUGCCGCAAUACGGUCAUGUUAUGCGGUGAAGCAUACGUAAUGUAUUGCGGUAAAAGUAGGCAGGGACCACUGCGUUACUGUGGCGUUUUUCUUGUUUUAAGGUCACGCCCGUGCGCUUUUAAAAGGCGCGAACAAUGAAGAAUCACGGUCGAAGCGCAUGGCACAAACCUUGCCAAUGUUUCAAUUUGAAAAAAAAAAGAAACGAUUUGGAGUGGGGGAUGCCAAAACCAAAGCCUUCACUUUUGUAUCAUCAGAGCAGUUCCAAGAAUAUUCAACCAUUUUAUUUUUAUUUAUUUAAUAAUACUGUCAGCCCAUGAAGGGCCAUUACAGGAGUGGAAGAUUCAAACACAUACAAGGAUACAGUACGACAACAAAAAGCAAGUAAAUGAACUGCAGACAUUUCAGCAGGGAUGCGAAUCAGUUUGGUUUCUAUGCACCUUACGACUCUCCCCCCAAAAUAAGAAACAAAAUGAACAGAUACACCUUUGGCAAAGUUAUGAUAUACAUAUUAGUUAGCGGCAAAAAGAAUAGCGUGUACACAUUGUAAAAAUUCCUCAACGCAUGAGGCCGACAUGACAGAGUCGGGGAGCGCAUUUCAUUCGGUAAUACCUCUCGGGACAAAGCUGUACUUAAAACAGUCAUUUCUGACUUGAGGGGGUGUGAUGUACUGGCUAUGACGAUGUCUGGAUAUUUCAUUUGUCGAGAUUUUGAAGAACUUGUGUUUGUCGACAAGGAAGUGACCAUUAAUGAUAAGGUAAAUUAGUUUCAGUCGCUCAUACCUGGUACGCUUAUCUAGCGGAGGUAAGUCGGCAAGCUUACAAAGUAAAGUGGGCGAUUGGCAGUAGCGAUACUUGUUAAAUAUUAACCUUGAUGCUAACCUCUGGAUUCUAUCAGCCUUUUGUUGGUUGGGUUUAGUGUAGGGAUCCCAUACAGUUUUAGCAUACUCCAUGAUGGGACGUAUUAAGGAUUUAUAGGCUAAAAUUUUUACCUCAGGUGUCGACGAACUUAUAUUCCGUCUUAGGCUCCAGAGCGCUUUGCUGGCCUUACCACAUACAGCAUCAAUGUGCUGAUUCCAUCUGAGGUCAGAAGUGAACGUUAUUCCUAGAUACUUACGUUUAUCGACUCUGCUAAUAGUUAUACUAUUUAUAUUGUAAGGGUAAUGCAAAAAUUUUUUCUUCCUCGUUAUGGACAUAACAACAGACUUGGCUGCGUUUAGUUCCAUCUGCCAGUCGUCACACCAUUUUUUAAUUAUUUGCAGACUAGACUGUAAAUUGGCCUGAUCAUUACUAUCUCGAAUUUUAUUAUACAUCACACAAUCAUCAGAAAACAGUCUGGCAGGUACACUAAUAUUACUGGGCAAGUUAUUUAUAAAGAUCAGAAAUAAAACAGGACCUAGGACACUUCCUUGCGGAACUCCCGACACAACACGGGAAGGGCGUGAUGUGCACCCCCGAAAUCAACGUAUCACUCAGAAGAAAGGUAUGAAAACCACUGAGUGAUUGCGGGGCUCUGAAAUACAGAAUUAAUUUUUAUGAUUAACUUCGGAUGGGACACCUUGUCGAAUGCUUUCGCAAAGUCGAGGAAGAUUGUCUGUUUGACCACGGGAGUUUAACGUUUCAGAGAGGUCAUGUACAAUUUCAAUGAGUUGGGUGGUUGUUGAGAGCUGUUUUCGGAAACCAUGCUGUCCAGGAAAAAACAAGUGGUAUUUGUCCAACUAAGAAACUAAUUGUUUAUAAAUAAUGUGCUCGAGGAGCUUAGAACACGCGCUUGUAAUAGAAAUUGGUCUAUAAUUUUCCACUUCCGCAUUACUGCCACUUUUGUGUAUAGGUAUGAUUUUUGCGCGUUUCCAUGCUACCGGGAAGCAACCACUAUCAACAGAGGACUGAAAAAUUUUAGUUAGGUAUUUAGAGUUCCAUUCUGCAUAUCUACGUAAAAACUCAUUUGGAAUGCCGUCAGCACCAGGGCUCUUCUUAACAUCAAUAUUCAGCAAAAAAUUUAAAACACCCUGUUCAUUGAUUUCAAUGUCCGCAAUGGGUGGUCUAGCAGCUGUAUAGGCUACAUGAGGUGUAUGACCAUUAUCUUUAGUAAACACGGAUGCAAAGUAAGCAUUAAAAUUGUCAGCUUGCGUUGCAGCAGUACUGCAGAAUUCUGACGAUAAUGGUUUUGUGGAUGGGUUGACAUAUUGCCAGAACUUCUGCGGCGCCUCUUUAAGGAACUUCGUAAGUGUCACAUUAUAAAACUUGUCUUUAGAUUCUUUUAUAAGGCAUUUCAGGUCAUGGCUCAUGUGUUGAAUUGAGAUCUCAUCGGGGGUUGGAUUCCUCGAACAGUCCCCAUGUCUUCGCCUUAAUCUUCUCUGUAUAACUUCCCUUGUAAUCCAAGGAUUUUUCCUUUUAAUUCUUUUAUAGCACUUUGGUAUGUAGUUUUUAAUACAAUCCAUGACCAUUGCAAUGUAGUAGUCCCAUAAAUCAUCUGUACUAGUAUUUGACUCAAAGAGAUGAACAAAAUGGUCGAAAAAACGCUCUAAAAAGUCUGACGCACCAACAUCAUUAGCAGAGGAAAACUUCAAAAAUGUUUUAUGAAGAGCACAUGGCUAUGGUUCAGGUCCUAAGCUUAGAAAUGCUUGCACCAUUUUAUGGUCCUAAAGACCAUCCUCCGUUUUACAUAUUUCUAGAUAUGGUAUUAAAUAAUUUGACAGAAAAAUUAAAUCAAGUUUUGAUGACUUAGUCUCACAGAUUCUUGUAUAAUCUGUCACUACCCGGGUUAGGCCUAAACAGAAAGCUAGCUCCAAAAGCUGGUCACAACUUGAAACCUCAGUCUGUCCCGGUGAAAGUGUCGGCCAAUCAAUGCCGGGCAAGUUAAAAUCACCUAAAAGUACAAUGUUAUUGCCUUGAUGCAUGUUAGACUCCAUAAAUUUUCUUAAAUGCAAAAUAAUAUCUACGGGUGAGUUGGGAGCCCUGUAAAUACUGCUGCAGAGAGGUCUCCACAUGCCAGGUACGAGCACUCUCGUGAGGCACCUUUCCAAGCGUCUCAUCGCUAAAACCCAUUACUCGUCGCAUCGCCAUUAAAAGAACGCCAGCAACGCCUCGCGCAUGGCGAUACAGCGCGUGUCUCCCGUGCACGCGCUCACGGCAGCGCCCGAGUCUGCCGUCCAAUGAGAAGCCACGGCGUGGCUCUUGGCUUUCGGGGCGCGUGAAAAGUGCGUUCGGCGGAGAGAAGCGGUUGACUGUGGAAUAGGCUGCUGUUAACUCUUCUUUUAAAGUGUGUGAAUGCUUAAUAUUGAGUUUCCGGGCACAAGUUCGCCCACAAUAAACCAGUGUGUUUAGUGUGCUUCAUUGAAGAGUGCUACAUUUCUGGUGGAGGUGCGGGGUAUGAUUGGAAGUCCCCAGUUCGUAAGAGAACGGAGCCCCGACCCUCAGCGAUUGGAACCCAGGGAACUGACUCCAGUACACCAGCGCACAAGCCGCCGCAUCCGAGGAGACCCACCCGAGUUCGGACCGCUUCCUGUUGCUGCAGCAGUGCGGGCAACAGUUACCAGCGACGGUGCAACCAUGACCAGCCCAGUGGCAUCAUCCCAGCUCAUCGUGUACCCACCACGCACGCCCGAGUCCUUCCACGGCGAUACGUUCGAAGAUGUGGAAGACUGGUUAGAGCAGUUCGAGCGAGUGGCAGAUUUCAACGGCUGGGACGAGACACGGAAGCUUCGCAACGUGUACUUCGCGUUAGAAGAGUCAGCGAGGACGUGGUACGUCAAUCAUGAAGCGACACUAUCUUCGUGGGAAGAAUUUCGGCGGCAGCUGCUUGCCGCGUAUGCCAGCACCGAUCGGCGAGAGAAGGCAGAGCACGCUCUACAAGCGAGAAACCAGCGCACUAACGAAAGUGUCGGCAUGUAUAUCGAGGACAUGUCCCGUCUCUUCACGCGCGCGGGUCCAAACAUGAGCGAAGAGAAGAAAUUACGCCAUCUGAUGCGUGGCGUUAAGCAGGAGCUGUUUGCAGGACUCGUCCGCAACCCACCACACAGUGUUGCUGAGUUUCGCGCCGAAGCGACGACCAUAGAGAAGGCGUUGCAGCAGCGUGCCCAUCACUACAAUCGUGAUGUCACCAGCGCACCGGCCGAUAUCCUGUCAGCAGGCCCAGGCAGUAACACCGAAGCGCUAAGAGAACUGGUGAGAUCAAUCGUAAAGGAGGAGCUUCGAAAGCUGCAGCUACCGGAAGCCACGCCGACAGUCUCAACUCUCGCCGCCGUCAUUCGAGAUGAAGUUCGCCACGCCAUUCUGCAGCCAGGACGUGAGGAACCGCCUGCUCAUCAUGACCAACCACCACCCGUACGUCGAGUGCCAACGUACGCUGAUGUGUUAUGUUCGCGACCCCCAGCAGCCGCCAGCCGACUCUGGGCAGUGGACCCCUUCUAGCAGAGCUGAGGCUACGAAAAAGUGACGUGUGGCGUGCACCCGACCGGACGCCACUCUGUUUCCACUGCGGGGAAGCUGGACACCUUUACAGAAUGUGCCCAUAUCGCAGAGCAGGUCUUCGCGGCUUUACGAUAAAUGCGCCUUGUCCCCGUAAUGGCGAAAGACCCACCGAAAUUCGGGACUACUUGACCCGACAACAGGAUCCGGCUGCUAGAUACCAACGCCAGCCCCGAUCAUCAACGUCUGCACGCUACUGAUCACCAAGUCCACGGCCAUCCUCGAUUUCACCAAGGCGUCGUUCACUGAGCCCUCGUCCGGAAAACUGAAGCGAGCGACCUGUGGAGGCGAGGCCGCUGACGUUCGAAAAAGCCAAG